AUGCGUUACUCCGUCGCUACCGCUGCCGCCAUGGCCAGCAUCGCCUCUGCCUCCCUCCUCGGAACCGGCCUGCCCGUCGAGAUGCCUGCCCUCACCACUGAGGUCGUCACCAACUUCGUCACCUGGUGCCCUGAGGCCACCACCAUCACCCACGGCAGCCAGACCUACACCGUCACCGAGCCAACCUCGCUCACCUUCACCGAGCCCUGCACCGUCACCCGCACCCUGACCUCCUCCACCGUCACCGAGUGCACUUCCUGCCCAACUGGCGCACCAACCUCUGCCACCGUCGCCCCAACUGGCGCUCCCGGCACUGGUGCCCCCGUCCCAGUUCCCACCGGCGGUGUCACCUCCAUCUACGAGCCACCAACCUACCCCAACUCCACCGCUACCCAGCCCCCAAUGGGAACUGCCAGCGGUACCGGUAGCAUGACCGCUCCCCUGCCAACCUUCACCGGCGCUGCCUCGCACGCCGUCGUUGGCGCCGGCGCCGGUCUUGCCGGUGUCCUUGGACUCGCUGCCUUGUUGUUGUAG